GUUUUUGACGGCCGCUGUCAAAUACAUGUGCGUCACAACAAGUGCAAUUUUUCAUGUUUUCGCAACAGUCGGUUUCGCAAUCGAUACCUGCUUCAAACCAUUAGCUCUCUAAAAGUGAACAACGUUGGAAGUUAAGUAAGUUGGUAUGGAGGUUGGCAUCCAUCCCUUGACGGAUAACCCGACCUUAGCGUGGAAAGAAAUUUCCAAAUCCCAGCGGGUGAUCAAAAUCAAUACCAAGCCGCCUAGUCCGGAGGUUCCGAACAAUAAGGUUCGAGUAGUAUGCAUGUCCGAUACCCACUCGCUAACUCAUCACAUCAAGUUCGACGUUCCGGACGGAGAUAUUUUCAUUCAUGCAGGUGAUUUCACCCGUUGUGGAAAGCAGGACGAAGUUAUUGAAUUCAAUAACUGGCUAGAGAAAUUACCCCACAAGCAUAAACUGGUUAUUGCUGGUAAUCACGAGUUAAGUUUUGAUCAUACUUUCACGCAUCCGUUUCAAAACGCUAACAAUUCAUGCUGCAAGAAGAGCACUGGAGCGAACAUUUUGGAUGAAAUUCCUACGCUGGGCAACUCGAAGGAAAGCCUCGCGGAAGCUGUAAAAACGGAAAACAUUCGGCAGUAUCUGAGCAACUGUGUGUAUCUACAGGACGAAAGUAUCGAGCUGUAUGGAUUGAAAAUCUAUGGCACACCGUGGCAACCGGAGUUCUGCAAGUGGGCCUUCAACGUAAAACGAGGCAAGGACUGUCUCGCGAAAUGGGAGCAGAUUCCUGAGGACGUGGAUAUUCUUAUAACACACACUCCACCCGUGGGUCACGGUGACUUGUGCUGUUCUGGAGUGCGGGCAGGUUGUGUGGAACUUCUCACCACGGUGCAGCAACGCGUCCGGCCCCGAUAUCAUGUGUUCGGACAUGUUCACGAAGGCUACGGGAUCACAUCGGAUGGCCGGAUUAUCUUCAUCAACGCGUCGACCUGUGACAUCAAUUAUCUCCCAAACAACCACCCGGUCGUGUUUGAUGUUACACUUCCAAAAGGCCGGACAAAGGACGAUGUGUAAGGGUGGGAUUUGCUAGGUGAAGGUGUAAGUAAAAGGAUCAAAAUUGAUAUUUACAGUAAUGCCAUGACAAUUUUUUUCUAACGUCUUUUUUCGGUUUACGUAUCGAUAGUCGAUCGAGAGAAAAAAUAAAAACUCAUACAUGAAUAUUAUUUUAUGAACAGGACUCUUCAUUAAACAGGUCCAGUUUUGUGAUUAAUUAUUUAGCAUAUUUUAAACAGUGAUUACAAAUCGCUAGUUACACUGAAAAGCUCCUAUACCUAAAGAUUUAAUUUUACCUUAAGCACUUCGAUAUUAGCAUUAGUAACUUACUACCUGAAUGCUCAAUUUUUUUAAGCAUAAAUUAUAACUUUUAUUCAUGUGUGCUCAAAUAACACUACAGUUGUACUCGUGCACAUGCGUUCAAACCACGGUUUAGAUGUGAAGUUUAUUAAAUAUAAGAGUUUCGUAGUAAAACAUUAUCUUGUGCAGUAUUUUGUAUUGCGUUCAUAAAAUUAAGGUGAAUUAUGUUACUUAAAAUUUCAAAUUGUACCUAUACCUAUAACACAACCCCAAAAACUUUUCGAGAUUGCACCCAAGAGUUUUUGUAGCGUAACUGCCAUUACGAGCCGUGCAAAAAAGGGGAACGUAGCAUAAGCAUGACAUGUUUAUACCAUUCUCCCCUACACACACUUCACUACAUAACUUGUAACUGAACAAUAAUGGCGUUUCAAUUAGCACUAAGGCGCAAGUUUUUAGUUAAGGGACACGCAUCAUAAAUAUUAAGUUUUCUUUUCAAACCCUGCUAAAACUAUCGCACCCAUCGUAUUUUCUCAGUAAGUUAUCUUACGCUUUACCGUGAAUCAUGCGACUAAAUGAAACGCCAAAGUGCAUAAAAGUAUUAUUUGUACUCAGCCUUCGUUAGAACUAGCUGAAUAUAAAAACCAAUACACUUAGAAAAUCGCUUCUCUCACUUUUUCUAGAAAACUUACAUGUAAAAUUGGUACGGAAAUGUAUUCAAUUUUAGAAAAAAAUCUCCUCUGGUGGAUUGAUGGUAUUAUAGACUCCCACAAUGCAACACUCAAGUGCUAAACCUCUAACGAUAGACGAUUAUACUUUACCAUAUAAUUGUAUAUUAUCACGUAUAAAUUAGUAAAGACAAAAUUACACAUAGAUUCGGUUGCACACAAGGCACCCAA